AUGGUCGCGAAAGAUUGGAUAAAGUCAAUAAGUGAUCAAGAGAAAUGUUUCAUGAUCCAAAGAGCGCAAAGUGCACGCAUAAUUAUUAUUUGUGCCUAUUGUCUAAUGGGAAUACAGUGCUUCUUUAUCGUUAUACCACCUACUUUCGGAAUGUCAAUGAGAUUGACUCCCAACAUUACUGAUCCAGGAAAACCAAUGCUUUUACAAAGCUACUAUGUUUACGAUAUAACAAAACGACCGCAAUAUGAACUGACAUUUCUUAGUCAAGUCAUCUACGUAGUUAUUGCCUUGAUGAUCUAUACUGGAAUUGAUAAUUUUCUCAGUCUUCUAAUAUUUCAUAUAUCUGGUCAGUUAGACAUUAUCAAGAGUCGUUUGACACAUUUGGAUAAAUACACAAAUUAUCAAGAAGUGCUAAAGUGCUGUAUAGAUAAACAUCUUCGUUUACUUAGAGCUAUUGAUGUUAUUGAAGAUAUGUAUAAUAUAAUACUCCUUUCCUUAUUUAUAUAUUUUGCGAUACUAUUCGCUUUCUACGCAUUUAGGGUAAUUAGCGUAUUCAACGAAGGAAAUCAUUUACCAGUUAUUCGUUUCGUAUUUUUUACAUUAACCAUUUUAAAUUUAUUUGGACAUAUGUGUCUAUAUUGCAUUCUCGGGGAGAUUCUGAUGGCUCAGUGCAAUAAUAUAUAUUACGCGGCAUAUAAUAAUAAAUGGUAUACUAUGGAUCCAAAAACCACAAACAAUUUGUUAAUCUUAAUGACAAGAGGCUCUAAACCAAUCUAUCUCACCGUUGGAAAAAUAUUUCCUGUUACGAUGACCACAUUUUGCAGUUUAGUAAAAACAUCUAUCGGGUAUAUAUCCGUUUUGCAUACAACAAAAAGGUAA